AUAGUGGCGGCGUCAUCGGCACGCUAGAAGGAGGGGAGAGGAAAAGAUCGGAACGUGACCUACGCAGGAGAUGUCGACAAGAUGACAGCGGCCGUAUGAUUACGCUGGAUGGCUGGCUACGCUGUUGGGCCCGCCACGAGAAACCGAGAAAACAUCGCACCGCACCUUGAAGGUGCGCCAAGUGCGCCUAUAAAUAAAGGAGUUGAGUGAACGAAGAGUACGCGAGACUUGACAUCGUCGUCAUCGUCGUGGGUGCCGCGCCCUCGUGCGAUGCGCACGACGGCACCGUGAGUGCUGGUGGUGGUGGUGGUGGUGGGACUCGUCCGAGGAGGAGUCGCCGACGAGGAGUGUCGUCGUCGCCCACGCGCACCAGGAGGCAUGAGCGUGUUCGGCGACUUUCAGCGUGUCUGGGUGCAGCGGUUCCCGGACAGCGCCUUGCCGGCCGCCUGGGAAGAAGACGUUAGAGCGAAUCUCGUCAAACAUAAGCAGAAGGUGACAGCUUUGAGAGAAGAACUUGAAAAAGAAGAAUUUUAUGUGGAAUAUUUAGAAAGAUUAUUGGCUGAUGUCGAACGACACAAGCAGCUGGCUAACAAUUCAAGUGCGAAUAUAUCUGAGAAUAAACAGGAAGCAACGAUAGAACUGCAAUCUCAACAGGAUUUUCAAGCAACAGAAAAUAGCUUGACAGACUCUUCGAAUCCGACUAAUGUCGGAUCGUCCGCUCCUAUUGUGACGGAACGGGAUGAUAUUAGCAAAUUUCAAGACAAGUGCGUGUCUGAAUUGAGUUCGACUCUCGGCACAGCGGGCAAGAGACCCAAGAGCGAGAUACCGAAGAGUCCCGAGAAAGUGCCUGAACUUAGGAGAAACAGUGAUCCAGAUGUGCCAAGUAAUUAUGUUACAGUAAUCGAAGUUACUGGGAGCUCGAAAAAAGAUAAAAACGAAGAAUCUCUCAAGGAAGAGGAUGAGAAAGAUUUAGAAAAGGCGAUCAACGAGGAUGGCGAGGAUGGCGACGCGGAAGCUUCAGAAGAAGAGCCUUAUUACGACUCAGUAGCCUUGGAUCAAACUGGAGAAUAUGUCUACAUUGACGCACGCGUCCCCAUUGUUAACAGCAACAAUGGAAACAAGGCAGCACCUCGAAGACCUCCGUCAUUGCCAGAUUCGCCGGGCAAUCAGAGUAAUUAUGUCAACAUCGAUUAUUUUAUACAACACAGAGCGGCGAUGGACAGCGAAGACGAAGAGGGCGCCAAUCCAGCGCCCCCGAUUUUGCUACGAGCUCUCAGUACGGACAACGAAACUGGCAGCAGCGAUGCCGAACCAUUGAGUUUAAGCGAGGGCAGCUUGGAAUCACCAACUCCGACGACGCCGCGUAGACAGGAAAAGAGCAAGGAUCGCGAGGAUGACAGAACGUCGAUGGUCAAGUGUAUUGUGAAUUCAGUAGUAGAGAGUGAAGCUGUAUAUGUGGAAUGUUUAACUGUGAUGUUACAAUAUAUGAAAGCUAUUAGAGCAACUUUAACAACAUCUCAACCAGUCAUCUCGGAGGAGGAAUUUGGAACAAUGUUCUACAAGAUUCCAGAACUGCAUGCUUUGCAUCAAACAUUUCUGGAUGGUCUUCGAAAGAAGACGGAGAAGUGGGAUAGUAAACCUUCUAUAGGAGAACAAUUUAAAAUUAUGGCCAGUAAUAUAGGAUUAUACGGUGCAUUUUUGCAUAAUUAUGGUCGUGCGACCGACACCGUGCGACGAUGUUCUGCUCAUUCCACACAAUUCGCAGAGAUUACCAGAGAUAUAAGACUCAGAGGUUUUCCAAAAGGUCCGGGUUUGUCACUAGAAGAUCUGUUACAUAAACCAGUUGCGCGAGUGCAAAAGAAUGCUUUAGUUUUACAUGAUCUUCUGAAACAUACGCCAGUCAAUCAUGCGGAUCACGCGCCUCUAUCAGAAGCUCUGGCUAUGACCAGGAACUUCUUAGAUGAGUUUAAUAUUAUUCAGACGAAGUCCAUGUUUCCGAGUCAUGAUAGAGCUCAACGAAGAUUAGUGAAGAAUUCGUUUGUAGUCGAACUUUCGGACGGUCACAGAAAACUGAGACAUCUUUUUCUCUUUAACGAUGUAAUCGCCUGUGCGAAGUACAAAGCAUCCGGCAGGGACAAGUUCACAUUCGAAUUAAAGUGGUAUGUCCCCGUAGCAGAAGCGGCUGUUACAGAGGACGGCGUAGAGCCACGCGAAGCUAGCCCUGCUAACGUGGUAGCUUUGAGAUCGCAAGCGUGUACGGUACGCGAUCAGAUAUUGUGGGAGGAACGGAACGAUGAGAAGCGGAUCCGAUUGGGUGGAAGAGGCUCGGAGAAAAAUCGUAAGAAACUCGCCGAACUCGAAGCGCAGCUGGUAUUAGCUUCGCCAAACUUGGUUCUACGCGUUGCGCAUAAGAGCCAGCAAAACCGAGUGCAGAAUUCCUAUACUUUCUUUUUGUCCAGCGAGUUUGAACGUUCUCAAUGGGUGGAGGCAGUAGACGCGUUACAGCAGGGUGGACAACCUCCAGGACAACUGCCCUUGUCGAUGUACGAGUUGCAAGCUUGGGUUACCGCUUGUCGGACAUUUCUGCAAACGGAUAUGGGCAGCUAUCUAUUGAGAUCGGGACGCGACGAGAGCUUGCUGCUGGGUGAUCUUCACCUAACGCUGCUCGGUCUGACUCCACCAGGUUUAGACAGAGUGAGCGAUCUAUAUAUCAUCGUGGAAGUUGACAGCUAUGGACACUACUUCAAGAGAGCACGAAGUCGCGUCGCCAAGGGUCAAGCUCCACUUUGGGGCGAGACCUUUGUGGUAGAGUUGGAGGGAAGUCAGAAUGUUAGAAUCUUGUUGUAUGAGGAGUGCGGUUCACGCUCGCUAUUGCGAGGCAAAUGCAUUCAGCGGUUGAGCAGAUCUUGGUUGCAAUCCGAUCAGGUGGAGAGAUCAUUGAAUUUGGGUCCCACAUCGUUGGAUGUAGCGCUACGUUUUGUUCCCAGCGAGGUCACUCUGAGACGAGUGCCUUCAGCUAAACCGCAAGGCUUAUUUGGCGCCAAGAUCCAGCAAGUGUGCAAGCGAGAGAAACGCGACGUGCCUUUCAUAAUAACGGCAUGCGUGAGAGAAGUGGAAAGACGAGGUGUCGGCGAGGUAGGCUUGUAUCGCGUUUCCGGCUCGGCAUCCGAUGUAGCAAGACUACGUAAAUCAUUCGAGAGUAAUUCGUAUGAAGCCGAGCAGUUGCUUAAAGAGGUAGACGUGCAUUCGGUGACGGGUGUGCUAAAGCUGUACCUGCGUGAAAUGCCGGAGGCCCUAUUCACCGACGCCCUUUAUCCGGCAUUUCUGGAAGCCUUCCAAACGGGCGAUCUGUCACGGGGCGCUGCUCUACGCCGCGUCUACGAUAGUCUGCCCUCCGUCAAUAAAGCAGUGAUCGAUUUCCUGCUAGCACAUCUUGUUCGCGUGAACAAGCAUGAAGCGCAGAACAAAAUGUCGCUUCAUAAUUUAGCCACAGUGUUUGGACCCACGUUGUUACGACCUGGCACUAGUAACUCGCGCAGCGAUGCCAAAAGUCGCGAUCCUCUCGCCGCCGGUACCGUCGACGUGAUGGCGCAGGCCGGCAUUCUUUACUGUUUCCUACAGUUACACAUGCAACAACAGAACAAUCAAUCGCUCUAGUCGACAAAACCCCUCGGUCCUUUAGAACGGAUCCCGCGAUUAACAUUGUCAUUUAAUUUGAGAUGGGUAGGUAAUCGGAAACGCUGCAACUUUCUGAAGCAGACAUCUAUCAAUUAUUAGAAACAGUUAUCAAAUCUUCCUAUUUAACAAUAUAAUUAUAUAUCAUAUAAAAAUAAUGUGUUACAUACAUCGCAAAUGAUACAUCAAAAUACAAUAAAAAUAGAAAUAUUACGUCUUUAAAAUUUGACAACUAGAUUGAUCGAUUAUCGAUUUAAAUUUAGGUUAUCAUUCAGGCAUCGUCACAUAUCACCUUUCAGUUUUUUUCUUGCUUUUUUUCUUCUUUCUUCCUUUCUUUAAUGUACCGUUUGUGAUGUAUAAAACACAUCUUUUGUAUGUUGUAUAAUUACAUCGUCAAAUCAGAAGAUUUGACAAUAAUCUAUAUAUCCCUUAAAUAAAAGAUAAAUGUGACAUUGAUUCCCGAUAGCGAGAGAUCUCUUAAUUUAAUCGUAAAAUAUUAAUUAAAUUAAU